AACAUCGCGAGACGGUAUUUCAGUGGCGUGACGUCAGAACGCACAGAAACAGUCAACAUGUCGCUGGCGAGUUUUCUCCCUGCACCCACCCAACUGUCCCAGGACCAGCUGGAGGCAGAGGAGAGGUCUCGUCUUCAGAGGUCCCAGUCCACUGCUUUGGUCUCCACCCGCAGAGAACCUCCUGCUUACGGCUUCAGAAAAGCAUGGGUGCCCCGGUCACUAGAGGUACUGCACAGGAGAUAUCACCUGGUUUUGGCUGGUGGCAGGUGUUAUGAAAGGUACACGCCUUCACAGCAAGGACUUGCAUUUAACUCCGGAGCAAAACAGAGAGUCAUCCGAAUGGUGGAAAUGCAGAAGGAUCCAAUGGAACCCCCGCGGUUCAAAAUCAAUAAGAAAAUUCCUCGAGGACCUCCAUCCCCUCCUGCUCCAGUCAUGCACUCUCCAAGCAGAAAGAUGACUGUGAAAGAACAGCAGGAGUGGAAGAUUCCACCUUGUAUAUCCAACUGGAAGAACGCAAAGGGUUAUACCAUUCCGCUGGACAAGCGUUUGGCUGCUGACGGACGAGGACUUCAAACCGUCCACAUCAAUGAGAACUUUGCCAAGCUGGCUGAGGCUUUGUACAUUGCAGACAGAAAGGCCAGAGAGGCUGUGGAGAUGAGAGCUCAAGUAGAAAAGAAGAUGGCCCAGAAGGAGAAAGAAAAGAAAGAGGAGAAGCUGAGAGAAUUGGCUAAAAUGGCCAGGGACAGGAGAGCUGGUAUCAAAGCCCACGGUGACAAAGCUGGUGAGGACACAGAAGUCAGGGAGCGUGAAGAGAUCCGUCAUGAGAGGAGGAAAGAAAGGCAGCACGACAGGAACAUCUCCAGAGCCGCCCCUGAUAAGAGGUCGAAACUACAAAGAGAUCAGGACAGGGACAUCAGUGAGCUCAUUGCCCUGGGCCAGCCGAACCCCCGUACCUCCAGUGAGGCUCAGUAUGACCAGAGACUCUUCAAUCAAAACAAGGGGAUGGACAGUGGUUUUGCUGGUGGAGAGGAUGAGAUGUAUAAUGUGUAUGAUCAGCCCUUCAGAGGUGGCAGAGACAUGGCACAGAAUAUUUACAGGCCCAGUAAGAGUGCAGAUAAGGACAUGUAUGGAGACAACCUGGACACACUCAUGCAGAGCAACAGGUUUGUUCCUGAUCGGGAGUUCUCAGGUGCUGACCACGGCCCCCGCCGGGACGGGCCCGUGCAGUUUGAGGAGGAUCCUUUUGGUUUGGACAAGUUCUUGGAAGAAGCCAAACAGCACGGAGGCUCCAAAAGGGCGUCCACUAGUGGGCGCUCCAAGGACUACGACCAUGAGAAGAAACGCAGGAAGGAGUGAGACGCUUCCUUUGUCCACAGCUGCAGGGUCAAAUGCUCCCCCUGCCCCUACUUUUUUGCAGCUGUGAAUUGAAUUAUGAAACAUUAGUAAUAUGGUAUAUCAUCCAUUUUUUAUUUUUAUCAUCCUCUUAAAUCUGUUUUCUUUAACUCGAAAGUGUGAACUUAAACCUGUUGUACUGCAAAGCCACCCUAAUAAAUGUCUUUUAGAGGAUUACAUUGAAUUUUAAAGAUUGUUUAUGGUGGGUGUAAGAUUUGUCUAUAGUAAUCUCUUAACAGUGCUCCAACUACUUUGGUGCAAGGUGUAUUUAAUUUUAAAUGGCUCUCUCCAUUAGUCUUAUAAAUCCAGUCCACAGUGGUUUCAGCUGCUGAGUCUGCUCUUUAUAUCCAAGAGCGAAUUAAGCCUCUCAAAAAACAUUUGUUCAAGGGGGGAAAGAUUAGUAUUGUUUAGUUAGUUUUAGAGCCUUAUCGAGAAUGCAUUGCUAACAUUUUAUGCAAAAAUUAAGCUUUUAUUUGGUCUUAAGAAAUGGGUUGAAUAAUUCUUUAAAUAAUUUUCUGUCCCCUAAGAUGUUUCAAAU